AUGAUCUCGUUAGGGGGUCUUUUAGCCGCUUUACUCGGCAAUUCGGUGAUAGGCCUUGGAAAUUGCUUACAAAAGUACGCGCUACAACGCGGUGGUGCCUCGGAAACUUCCGGAUCGUCGUCGUCUUUACAAGAAACAACUAGUACUACAAAUACCUUUGAAGACGAUUCGCAAGAACAAUUGAAUUUACUUAAUGGGAAAUCUAUCACCUUUGUUUCUAGCCCUUUACUCGAUCGUCAUUCAUUAACUAUUAAUCGUUUUACUGGUAAAAAUGAUGAGAUAGAAGAAGGCGACAACGAAAUUGCGGGUGUCAAUCUGUCACCUAAUGCAAGUACUACAACACUUACUCCCAUGAAUAUAAACAAUAAUAGUAUCGAUAAUAGCAUCAAUAGUGAUAACAACAUUAAUAAAAGAAAUUAUUCACGGUUUAGAGAUCGAACAUGGUUUCUCGGUAUAUCGCUUGUAUAUCUUGGUGAAUUAUUCGGAAAUUGGGUGGCAUUGGCAUUAAUUCCUGCCUCAGUCGUAAUACCAUUGGGAAUUCUCGGUGUAAUAGUCAAUGCGAUACUUGCAAAUUUUCUAUUGGGUGAAAAUGUUUCAUUUCAUCAAAAGAUUGGAUAUAUUUGGAUAUUAACUGGAGUACUGGCGAUAAUUUUAUUCUCCGCCGCAAAUGAAAUGGAAGAUAAAUUAUGGACAGGUGCUGAAAUUGUUAAUUAUAUGCUACAAUUUCGUGUACUCGGUUGGUUGUUGGUAAUUUUUAUCACGGAAUGUAUAUUAAUCUUGACUGUGAGACGACAAACAAGAAAAAAAGAAUCGUCUUUAGUUUUCUAUGUGUUGAUGACUGCUGGAUUUGGAGCACUAACUGUAGUGUCUAGCAAAUUUUUGGCUCUGUUGUUAACUUGUUGGUUAUUUCUUUCUAAUCAGCCUUCGGAUGGUGUCCGAGAAAAAGUUAAUCUUGGUCAGGAAAUUGAUACACUGAUAUAUCGAGCUCAACGGAAUAACAUUCAAUUAAUGUUUGGAGAUGAGAUGCCAACUUCCAUCAUUAUAUUCGCUUUAUUCGCAUUACUAGUGAAUCUAGUUAUUGGAAUCGGGGGUCAAGAAAUAUGUAAACAAAUUGCUCUCAGUAAAUAUCGCAUCACUCAGUUUCAGCCAAUGUUCUACGCGUCACAUGUGACAUUUGUCGCAAUAAGUGGAAUGAUUGUGUUCAAGGAGGUUGGCGGGUGGUGGUCCAUGUUCGGAUUUGUUAUUGGAAUUAUGGCAAUUAUUCGAGGUGCUUCUUAUUUACUGGGUGUGGAAAAGAAAAUUGUUUGGUGGUGGUGGCAUCAAAGACAUGCUAUAAAGUCUGGUGUUGGUGUUGCAUCAACUGGCAGUGAUCGUCAAAGAUAUUAUGACGGGAUAAUUAGCGAUGCUGAUGAUACGGAUUAUUAUCAAGAUGAUCUUGAAACUGAUACAUUAUUAAAAAGUAACGGACAGCAAAGACUACCAGAAAUUGGCGAAGGAGGAAUUGAAGUUGAAGCGGGUGAUCGAGAUAAUCGUCUAAGAAAUACAAAUCAACAAUAUGGAGCGUGUUAUUGA